CGAUUAGAACAUUUCAAAGUUGACAACUGAAGUAAAGAACGGAGUUAAACAGCUCAAUAAGCAAAAUGCGCACCUUUAUUUUAUUGUGUUUGUUAGCUGUGGCUUGCGCCGACAAAUUGGGUUACAACUACAGACCUGUUGAACACUCAAACUCAGGAUUAUCAUUUACUCCCGGUUCUGUGGGAGGUGGGUUUUCCUCAUCAUAUGGUGCUCCACACACUUCUGGAUUUUCUUCUGGUGUAGGUGGCGGUUUAGCUGGUCCUGUAUCUUAUAAUGCACCUGCUAACACCGGUGGUUACCACACGGAAUUCUAUACAUUUACAGCCCCAGAAGGUGCUUUCGAUGAUCCAGAAGCAGUCCAAAAGAUUGUUGGCUCUUUGAAGAAGAACAUUCGCGUUAUUUUCAUUAAGAACCCAGAAAACAAAGCUUACGAAAAUGCCGUACUUGCUUUGGCCAAACAAGCUGCCGAACAAAAGACUGCCAUCUAUGUGCUCAACAAACAGCAUGACAUCUCUGCUUUGGCUGAAAAAUUCAAUGCCAUAAACAACAACCAAAAUGCCAGACCCGAAGUACAUUUUGUUAAAUACCGCACACCAGAGGAUGCUGCUAAUGCGCAAAGAGCUAUUCAAAGCCAAUAUGACUCUUUGGGUGGUACCACUCAAAAUCACAAUGGUGGUGUUGCUCCUGUUAUUAACUUUGCUUCCCAAGCUCCUAUAUUUUCUCAUGGUUCAGUUCAAUCUCCCAACAGUGUGUACUUACCAUCAUCCGUAUUCCGUCGCUUCCGUGUUUAAAAGUGAAGUGCAAUGAAUUCGUAUCUUCAGUUGUGCUAAAGAUCAAUACUGUAUUACUUAUGUGUUAAUUGUUUAAUUAAUUUAUUUAUUUGUUUAAAAUGUUACGAAAUAAUUUAAACUUUUAUAUCUUUUGCCGUUUUCUUUAUAAAAAAUAUUAGAAAUCUAAUGAGUUGUUUCUAGAUAACGUGCGAAUACUUUGAGAACAAAUUUUACCUCGAAGUAGUUGAUCUACAAAAAUAAAUAUUAAAAUGCACGUUUAGCAAUCUAGGUUCAUACAUAAAGUUCUCAAUGAGUAUUUAGGUAAAAAUUAUGGGACUAAUACCAUUGAUACCGUAUGUGCCUUUUUCGUUUUUUCUUAACGUGCAAUAUGUAAAUUUAAAUAUUUGUAACAUUAAUAAAGAUUUCUUGUUAACAUUUAUUGCAAUCAUUAGCUGUGAACAGAUGUUAUUAUUCGUUAAUAUGUAAAUAUAUUUUUCUGAGAACCU